AUAAUUGGUAGCAAAAUGAGCAAUCUGAAACAAAAGGAUAUCAAGCCGGACGUGGCAGUUUCAAAAUCAGUAAAAACCUCUAGAAAAGCAAUUGAAUAUGUUAAGUCCGACGCUUCCGACAUUGACGAAGAUAUCAAUAGGACAGAGUACGAAUACGCCUCAUCGUCUGGCUUUGUUAAUUUUCUGAGGGACUUUAAGAAACGUUAUGGAGAAUAUUACUCGAAUUAUCAGAUAAGACGGGCAGCUGAAACCCGAUGGAACGAAAUGUCAUUCCGUCAUCGAUGCCAGUACUCUGCGGAACCAUUGGACACUUUUCACGUAGAGCCGAACAGAGUGAGCAGUCUUCAGCGCUCUAUUGAGGCCGAGCUCAGAAUUCACUCUGAAAUAAGUGGCUGCGACACUUUCUUUGGUGCCUGUGGCUCCAAUAGCUGCACUCCAAGAAAGGAGAACAAGUGUUCCAAGCCCAGGGUCUGGAAGAGUUGCCCAAAACCGCGGGCCAAGUCCUCGAAGCAACGUCGCAAUUGCGCCAAACCGAAGCCCAAGUGCGCCCGACCCCGUAAGGCAUGUCCCCGCCCCAGAAACAGUAUGGAAUGCGGCAAGCCGAAGGCAAAGCCAAGGUGUCUUAAGCCCAAGAGUUCCAAGCCCAAGUGCUCGGUGUAAUCGGAGGUUUCAUCUCCCACACCCUUACCCUCACCACUUUUCGGCCAUUUUUAUUUGAUCAGGAACCAGUCUAAAUUUUCAAAUGAUGUAAACAACGGGCGUUGCUAGAAUCUAUGAACUUGAGAAACCUCCAGUAAACCAGGAAAUUGAG